AUGGAUUUCCUGAAAUCAGCCAUCGGAUCCGCCAUCGCGAAGGGCGGAGGACUCCCAUUCUCCCUCGGCGACAGAGUCGACAUCGGUGAUUCGGUCUGGGCACUGCACAACGGUACGAAACGGGAUGACGGUUCCGCUUGCAGUGUUUUUGCAUUUGAUGUGAAUGCGAACAAGUCGCGCCUCCCUCUUGCGAAAAAUGCGGUGCGCAAGUCUAGGACGUUGCGGCAUCCUGGUGUUAUCAAGGUUUUGGAUACGAUUGAGACGGAGCACAAUCUGUAUAUUGUCACGGAACGAGUCGUGCCACUCAGCUGGCCGGUGAAGCGGAGGAGCUUGAGUGAAGAGACGGCCAAGUGGGGGUUGUAUACUGUGGCGUCUACUCUCAAAUUCAUCAACGACGAUGCUUCCUCAGUUCAUGGUGCCGUGCGUGCAUCCUCGGUGUUCACAAGCGAGAGCGGCGAGUGGAAGCUAGGAGGAUUCGACAUUCUGAGCUCAAUGAAGGAAGACGAUGCGAUUAUAUAUACGUACGGAAACAGUGUGCCUGAUGCCGCUCGAUACACACCCCCGGAGGUUGUAAAAACAGGCUGGGAUACCAUCAAGCGCAAUCCUUUGGCAGCAGUUGAUGCCUACGGGCUGGGUAUCUUAAUCUUCGAAGUUUUCAAUGGGGGUUUCUCAGGCGGCGACCAAGCUGGCAAGACAACGAACAUUCCUCCCAGUAUGCAGCAAAGCUAUAAACGCCUUUGCACGGCCAAUCCGAAGCUACGACUGAGCCCGGGUCAUUUCGUGGAGCAGGGAAAGAAACAAGGUGGAUUCUUCCAGACACCACUCAUUCGAAUGACUGAAGACAUCGACAGCUUGGGGCUCAAGAGUGACGCCGAGCGUGAAGAAUUUAUUAAUGAGCUUGAUAAUCUUUCUGAUGACUUCCCAGAGGAAUUCUUCAAGAUGAAGGUCCUCCCCGAGCUUCUGAAGUCCGUCGAGUUUGGCGGCGGUGGACCGAAAGUUCUUGGAGCUACCCUAAAGAUUGGAGCAAAGCUGUCAGCAGAAGAAUUCAACGCUAAGCUGACUCCUGUUAUUAUCCGCUUAUUUGGCAACCCUGAUCGAGCAUUGCGGGUCUGCCUCUUGGAUAACCUUCCGUCAAUGAUCGAUAAUCUUCCCCAGAGGGUUGUCAACGACAAGAUCUUCCCUCAGAUGACUUCUGGUUUCACCGAUGUUGCCCCGGUGGUUCGAGAACAGACAGUGAAGGCUGUUCUAACUAUCAUCAACAAACUCAAUGAUAGGAUUGUCAAUGGAGAACUGUUGAAGUUCCUCGCCCGCACAGCUAACGAUGAGCAACCUGGCAUCCGGACAAACACGACGAUUUGUCUUGGCCGGAUUGCUAAGAACCUAAGUCAGGGUACUCGCUCCAAGGUGCUUAUUGCCGCAUUCACGAGAGCCACCAGAGACCCCUUUGUCCACGCUCGAAACGCAGGACUUUUGGCUCUAUCCGCGACUAUCGAUGUAUUUAGCGAGGAAGAUUGUGCUGUUAGGAUUCUACCUGCCAUUUGCCCUGCACUUUUGGACAAGGAAAAAUUGAUCCGCGACCAAGCAAACAAGACUUUUGAUGUGUAUGUCCAGCGGACACGGAAAUAUGCCAGCACGAUGCCAGACACCGUUAUACCCUCCGUUGCACCCACAGAAGUCAACAAACCCGAUGCUCGUGUUGGAACCCCCAAUGACAACUCAUGGGCCGGCUGGGCCAUCUCAUCAUUCACAAACAAAAUCGCAACCGCUAAUGGCGAGAUUGAACCCACCGCCAACAUUAGCAAGACUGUUGAUCCCGAUACUGCCCGCUCAGCGUCGGUUCCUCGUCCCGCCAAACCAUCACCCUCAACCCCAGCCGAACUACCAAAACAGGUCCUCCGUCCUACCGCUCAGUCUUUGAACCGGUCAAUGUCAGAUCGCCCAGCCCCAGUGGUCCACGACGAGCCCGAAGAAGAAGAAGGUGAUGACGUUUUCGAUGCUUGGGGUGCCAUGGACGACGACGAAAAAGACGACGAUCCAUUCACUGCCGCUGUAGCCUCUCCCAAACCCACAUCUCCUGUUCCCUCAUCGAACAAAGCCCCUGCGGUGCCUUACGAUGAUGGCGGCGAACCCGAUUUCGCCGGCUGGCUUGCCGCGAAGUCUCAAACCAAGGCCAAAAACCCCCUGCCAAAGGGUCUGACCAAGGCGGCUUCUACCAACACCGUUACCACACGGUCGACGAUAAGCACCGCCAAGCCUCGGACUGCUGUGGUUGCACCUAAGAAGAUCGAUACUAAACCCAAAGACGAGGAGGCCGAUGAUGAUUGGGGGGAUGCAUGGGAGUAA